AUGUUCACCAAGCUUGUUCUUAGCGCCGCUCUUUUGGGCUUGACCCAUGCUGCCCUGAUCGAUCUAAAUGCGACGAAGUCUGAUGGUGUGAAGAUUCUGAAGAAGCAGACCUUCGAUUACAUUAUUGUGGGAGGCGGCACUGCUGGGCUGACGGUAGCCAGACGUUUAGCAGAGUCAUCGUCGUCGACCUCUGUAUUGGUCUUGGAGGCCGGUGGCUCUGGCGUUGGCCAGGACAUAGUCACGAUUCCAGAAAAGUCUUUUUCUUUCGUUGGAACAGAGAUCGACUGGGGUUUCACGAUUCUCGGAGGCGACUCAGCCAUCAAUGGUUUGGUAUGGACACGCGCGUCGAAAGCAGAAUACGAUGCCUUCGAGACUCUUGGGUCACCUGGAUGGAACUGGGAUACACUGUAUGCGCAUAUGCAAAAGGCCGAACAAUUGGAAUAUCCUGCAGCGUCCCUCAUUGACGAAUAUGGCUAUGUCGUUGAUGCGAGCUCUGUUGGAACAUCAGGACCCGUUAGCGUAUCGUUCCCGGCCUACCUCCCGCUACAACACAGAACACUCAUCGAGGCCUCUGUGGAACUCGGGCAUACGUUUAACACCGAUGCAUAUAGCGGAGAGAACGCCGGGGUGUAUUAUAGUCUUUCGUCUCAGACUACGGUGCCCGAGCGCGAAACGUCGGAAUUCGCUUAUCUCACGCCGUGGGAGACCCACAAGCAACUAACAGCCUUCACCUAUGCCACCGUCUCAAAGAUUAACCUCGACAACUCUUCUGAGCCCAAAGCAACAGGUGUCCAAGUUAUCUUUCCCGAUGGAUCCGAGCAUACCGCCAGUCUCAAAUCUGGCGGUGAAGUCAUCCUUUCUGCUGGCGUUGUACGCACUCCACAAUUGUUGGAGCUCUCUGGUAUUGGUGACAGUGAUAUCCUUACGCCAUUGGGAAUCGAUGUCAAGGUGGACCUUCCUGGCGUUGGUGCUAACUACGAGGAUCAUACUCUGACUCUCCUGACCUACCAGCUCAAGGAUGGAUAUUUGUCCUUUGACGCUCUCAGUUACAACGAAACGCUCUUGGAGGAGCAAACCGCUCUGUACAAACUGGGACUGGGCUGGCUUACCUUUGCUCAAGCUGUCGUCAACUUUGAACCCAUCGACGUGAUUCUGACAGCAGACGAAAUUGAAGAGGCCAAGCAAAUCCUGUCAACGAAACCUGACUCGAUUCCUCAAGACCAAUUCGACAUCAUCAAGGGGCAGAUAUUGAACGGAACUACUCAAGUAGAAUAUCUCCUGUUCAAUUCCUUCUCUGCCGGUACGACCAAGGAAGCCAAUACUAGCUAUAUCUCCAUGGCCGUUACUCAUACACAUCCUUUGUCUCGCGGAUCUAUCCACAUCAACUCAACGUCUAUUGAUGACUUCCCUAUCAUCAACCCCAACAUGCUUGAGGCUGAGUGGGACAACUGGUUCUUGGCAAAAGCUACGGCAUACGGUCGCAAAUUUUUUGAAACACAGGCAUUCCAGGAAAUCGUGGUUUCCGAGGAAGUCUUCCCAGGCUCAACUGUCUCGACUGACGAUGAAUGGCUUACGUACGUUCAAGAGAACCUGAACUCUGGGGUAUGUCUUCUCGUUGAUCUUAUCACUCUAUUGGCUCUGCUUCUCUUUUGCCAAAGGAAGGCAACUGGCGUUGUCGACGCAAACCUCAAAGUAUAUGGCACCAAAAACCUUCGGGUGGUCGAUUUGUCGAUUCUGCCUCUGCUAAUCUCUGCCCACACUCAGCCUGCUGCAUAUGCUGUCGGAGAGCUAGCUGCAACACUCAUUACUGGUUCGACAAGUUGCUAG